AUGGUUUCUCCCGCCAUAAUCCGCCUCGCCGCGGGCGCCGCACUCUUAGCCGGUGUCAACGGCCAGUCAACCACCUCGACCACCGUCGUCGCUCCGACUACUACCGUGACGCCCAGCACCACGGUCACCGUGGCUAAUCCCACGACCACGGUCACCGGCGGCGGCACCACCACCACUCUGACGACCUCGACUGCCGCCUCGUCCAGCAGCAGCAGCACGGCGUCCACCGACACCUCCAUCGUGACCAGCGUUGGCAGCUCUACCGUCACGGUCAUUGCUCCCACGAGCACCUCGGUCACCACCGACUCCACCCUCAGCAGCGGAGCCAGCACCGUUCCGAGCACCACCGAGACCUCCGUCUCGACUUCGACCGACUCGACCUCUUCGGACCCCGGCACUGCUACAACCACGACUUCUACCGAUGUUGUUACCUCUACCGUCCUGACCACCUCGGCCCUCAACACUACGGAUCCCGGCGUUCUCCCUACCUUCACCAGCUCGACCGUGACCCUUCCCAACAACAGCACCAUCGUUGUUCCCAUCCCGGUCGAUCCCACUACUGGGCCCAUCGUCACCACCCCUCCCGUCUUCCCCAACGGCACCGCCCCCAUCACCAUCCCUUCCCCGGUGACCACCACCACUUGCAACUACAACGGCACCUGCAAUGUCAUCACUUUGCCCCCUUGCGUGACAAUCACCUCCUGCUACAACGGCUACUGCCGCCCCGUCACGACAAUCACUUACCCCCUUCCCCCCGUCGUUACCCCUCCGACUCUGACGACCAUCACCCGCUGCGACUACAAUGGAACUUGCUCAACCUACACCCGCACAAAGGACACCCCCGCCACGAUGACCUCCGACAUCCCCCCCUUCUACACCGACUGCUCAACCCUCACAAAGACGUACACUACUUGCAACAACGCCGUCUGCAGCACCGUCACCACGACCACCACCUCGUCCUUUACCCGCCAGGGAACUCCCACCCCUACUGGUCCUGGUGGCUCUACCAUGGUCACGCUGCCUUCCAACCCGGCUUCGCCCCCUGUGAACCCGCCUACGAACCCCAGCAACCCGCCUACGAACCCGCCGAACCCUCCCAGCAACCCCAGCAACCCUCCGACCAACCCUUCCAGCCCGCCUAGCAACCCUAGCAGUCCUCCUGCGAACCCCUCCAACCCUCCCUCGCAGCCUCCUGCUAACCCUCCCGCCAACCCUCCCGCCAACCCGCCUUCCAACCCGCCUUCCAACCCGCCUUCCAACCCGCCUUCCAACCCGCCUUCAAACCCGCCUUCCAACCCGCCUUCUAACCCUCCCUCCAACCCUCCUUCCAACCCCCCUGCCAACCCUCCUGCGCAGCCUCCCGCGAACCCUCCCGCCUCCAACCCUACCUCAAACCCCACCAAGCCUCCCACCAACCCGCCCGCCGGCAGCUCUCCCGUGACUACGCCCGCUGUUCCCACCACUGUCAGCGGCACCCGUCCCGGCACCACGUCUCCUACCGCUGUGGUUACGGCCGGCGAGCCCGCUCUGAUGGCUGUGAACGUUUUCCCGUUGAUGAGCGUUCUUGCUGCGGUUGCUGUUGGCAUGGUUGUGUUCUUGUAG